AACUCCUAGCUCGUUCCAACAACGAAUCUAUCAUAUGAGCAGAGACAAAGUAGUUUUGCUGCCGCAAUUGGUGCUGGUUGCAAUAGAGGUGCUACUAGUAUCAUCCCAAACAGUGGCUAGAGAGGGUUGCCAAGACCAAUGUGGCAGUGUUAGCAUUCCCUAUCCGUUCGGAACAAAAGGGGGUUGUUACUAUAAUGAUGAUUUCCUCAUUACUUGUGAUGACACUCAUUAUGACCCUCCAAAGCCAUUUCUUCGAGUGAGUGACAUUGAGGUCACAAACAUAUCCAUUGAUGGGAAGCUCUACAUUACUCAAAAGAAAGCCAUGGCUUGUUUUUACGAAUCAAGUAAGCCGUCGGAAUACAACUUCAGCCCUUACCUCUCUUUGAAGAAAUUCUACAUCUCUGACACGGACAACAAAUUCAUAGGCGUUGGUUGCGCCACCUAUGCCGAAAUUCAGGGUUUCAAUCGUGGUAGAUAUCAGUACACAGGUGGGUGCAUUUCAAAAUGUGAAAGCAUGGACUUUGUUUCCAAUUACUCAUGCUCUGGUAUAGGCUGUUGCCAAACACCUAUUGCUAAAGGCAUGACUUACUUUGACAUAAGUGUAACUAGCUACAAGAAUCAAACCGAAGUGUGGGACUUCAAUUCCUGUAGCUAUGCUUUCCUUGUCCAAGAGGGUAAGUUCAACUUCACCUCCGACAUGUUGAGAGAUUUAUGGAAUACCUCUCGGUUUCCGGUGGUUCUCGAUUGGUCAAUUGGAAAUGAAAAUUGCAGCAUGAUCCAGAAAAAUGAAUGUAAGGUGAACAGCAAGUGUGUGGAUGUCCAGAAUGGGCUCGGCUACCGCUGCAAGUGCAACGAAGGUUACGAAGGAAAUCCAUACCUAAAUGGCUGCACUGACAUUAAUGAAUGCGAGAAUCCGGUGAUUGCCAAGAACUGCAAACAAAGAUGCAUAAAUAAAGAGGGGAACUAUACUUGUGCUUGCCACAAAGGGUACCACAACAAUGGCACAGAAGACUCGGUAGAUUGUGUCGCUGACCAAACAUUUGUUGUUCAAAUUACACUUGGACUCGGUGUUGGCCUCAUAGCCUUGUUAAUAGGCAGCUCCUGGUUGUACUUAGUCUACAAAAGAUGGAAGCUCAUGAAGCUGAAGGAAAAGUUCUUCAUCCAAAAUGGAGGAUUGAUGUUGAAGCAACAGCUUUCGGAACGACAAGGUGGAGACCAAAGGGCCAAAAUCUUCACCGAAGUCCAGCUUAAGAAGGCUACCAACCAUUUCAGUGAAGCCAGAAUCGUUGGCAAAGGAGGUUUUGGUACAGUUUACAAAGGGAUCAUAGUAGAUGAAAAAGGAAAGGAAACAGUGGUUGCAAUCAAGAAGUCCAAACUUGUGGAUCGAAGCCAAAUACAGCAAUUCAUAAAUGAAGUACUCGUGCUCUCCCAAAUCAACCAUAGAAAUGUGGUGAAGCUCUUGGGUUGUUGUUUCGAGACAGAAGUCCCACUACUAGUUUAUGAGUUUGUCAACAAUGGUACACUAUUCGACUACAUCCACAACAAAAGCAAGGCAUGCAACUUUGCUUGGGAAAGUCGUUUAAGGAUAGCUGCAGAAACUGCUGGAGUUCUAUCACACUUGCACUCUGAGGCUUCUAUUCCUAUUAUUCACAGAGAUGUCAAGUCCACAAACAUACUCCUGGAUGAUAAUCUUACAGCAAAAGUGUCUGAUUUCGGUGCCUCGAGAUUGGUUCCCUCAGAUCAAGCUCAGCUAUCUACAAUGGUGCAAGGAACAGUAGGGUAUUUAGACCCUGAGUACUUGCAAACAAGCCAGCUGACUGACAAGAGUGAUGUUUAUAGCUUUGGGGUUGUUCUUGUGGAACUACUAACAGGAAAGAAGGCGCUUUCAUUCGACAAGCCAGAGGAGGAGAGAAAUCUAGCAAUGUAUUUUCUCUCUGCGCUGAAACAUGAUCGCUUGGUGCAAGUUAUUGAUGGUUGUAUUCUGAAUGAAGCAAAUAUUGAGCAGCUGAAGGAAGUUUCUGUCCUUGCAAAGAGGUGUUUGAGAGUAAAAGGAGAAGAAAGACCAACCAUGAAGGAAGUGGCAAUGGAGCUCGAGGGACUAAGAAGGAUGGUGAUGCAUCACCCAUGGGUUAACAAUGAUGAAACUGAUGUACAGGAGAUUGAGCACUUGCUUGGUGAAAUAGCAAUGGAAACUUUUAGUCAUGGAGAGGUAGCUGAUCAAUAUGUGAAGCCUGGUUGCCAAGCUACAUGUGGAAAUGUUAGCAUACCAUACCCUUUCGGUACCACAGAGGCUUGUUGCCAUGAUCAAGAGUUCCUUGUAAUUUGCAACACCACAGAUGAUCCACCGAAACUAUAUCUGACCGGAGGCACAGUUGAGGUCACAAACAUUUCUGUUGAUGGCAAGGUGGGUAUCAUGCAAUUCAUAGCUCAUGAUUGCUAUGAAUCAUCUGGUUCACCUACAGAGUACAAUUCUCCCUGGCUCCACCUCUCCAAAUUCAUCAUCUCCCACACCGAUAACUUGUUCAUUGCAGUUGGAUGUGACACUUAUGCUGAAAUCCGAGGCUACCAGGGUAACAUCAAGAAGUACACAGGUGGCUGCAUAUCAACAUGUGACAGCACUGUCUAUGUCACCAAUGGUUCUUGUUCCGGUAUAGGGUGUUGCCAGACAUCAAUUGCUAAAGGAGUGAGCUACUUUGAUGUGUUUGUGGACAGUUAUCUGAAUCAUACAGAUGUUUGGUCUUUCAAUCCAUGCAGCUACGCCUUUAUUGUGGAAGAAAGCAAGUUCAACUUCUCCUUAGCUAUGCUCAUGGAUUUAAAGGAUGUAACAGUACUUCCUGUUGUGCUUGAUUGGUCAAUUGGAAACCAGACUUGCGAGGAAGUACUUGAAGGCAGCGCCUGUCAAGAGAACAGCAGAUGUGAUAAUGUCGAAAAUGGAUCUGGCUACCAAUGCAAAUGCAAGGAUGGUUAUCAAGGGAAUCCAUACCUCUCUAAUGGUUGUCAAGAUAUUGAUGAGUGUGAAAAUCCAGAACUAAAUAACUGUGUUCAAAGAUGUGAAAACACAGAGGGAAGUUAUAACUGUCUUUGCCGCAAAGGGUACCAUGGCAAUGGUAUAGAAGGGGAAGAAGGUUGCAUAGCUAACAGAACAUUGGUUGUUCAAAUCACUGUUGGACUUGCUAUCGGCCUCAUAUCGUUGCUUAUAUGUAGCUCUUGGUUGUAUCUGGGCUACAGAAGAUGGAAGAUGAUGAAGCUGAAGGAGAGAUUCUUCAGGCAAAAUGGAGGAUUACUGUUACAGCAACAACUUUCGGUUCGACAAGGUGGUGCCACUACCACUAACCAAACUGCGAAAAUCUUUAGCGCAGAAGAACUUGAGAAUGCCACCAACAACUACCAUGAGACUAGAAUUGUUGGUAAAGGAGGCUACGGUACAGUGUACAAAGGAAUUUUAUCAGAUGAAACAGUAGUGGCAAUCAAGAAAUCCAAAGUAGUUGAUCAAAGCCAAAUAGAGCAAUUCAUAAAUGAAGUGCUGGUGCUUUCCCAAAUCAAUCACAGGAAUGUGGUGAAGCUUUUGGGUUGUUGUUUCGAGACAGAAGUGCCACUACUAGUGUAUGAGUUUGUCACCAAUGGUACGCUAUUCGACUACAUCCACAACAAAAGCAAGGCAUGCAUCUUUGCUUGGGAAACUCGUUUAAGAAUAGCUGCAGAAGCUGCUGGAGUGCUAUCAUACUUGCACUCUGCAGCUUCUGUUCCUAUUAUCCAUAGAGAUGUCAAGUCCACAAACAUACUUCUAGAUGAAACACUUACAGCAAAAGUGUCUGAUUUUGGUGCCUCCAGAUUGGUGCCAUUGGAUCAAGCAGAGCUAUCGACAAUGGUACAAGGCACGCUCGGGUACUUAGACCCCGAGUACUUGCAAACAAGCCAGUUGACUGACAAGAGCGAUGUUUAUAGCUUUGGGGUUGUCCUUGUGGAGCUACUAACAGGAAAGAAGGCGCUUUCGUUCGACAAGCCAGAGGAGGAGAGAAAUCUAGCCAUGUGUUUUCUCUCUGCGCUGAAAGAAGAUCGCUUGGUACAAGUCGUUGAUGAGAGUGUUCUGAACGGGGCAAAUGAUGAGCAGCUCAAGGAAGUUUCCAACCUCGCAAAGAUGUGUUUGAGAGUAAAAGGAGAAGAAAGACCAACCAUGAUGGAAGUAGCAAGCGAGCUUGAGGGACUGAGAAGGAUGGUAAUGCACCAUCCAUGGGUUAAUGAUGAUCAAUACAAUGCAGAGGAGAAUGAAAACUUGCUUGGUGAAAUAUCACUGCAAACGUUUAGCCAUGGAGGUGGUGGCGAUACGAGUUCUGGGUAUGAUACCAUGAAGAACCACAUCAUAUUACCAGUAAAUGAUGGGAGAUGA